AUGGGCUCCAGACUCUGUAAUCAGCUCUUUCAUGCAUCAUAUGUUUCAGGAGCUUUUGGAACAGAGUGGAGUGUGAAGUACAACCAACAGGAAAUAUGUGCUUUAAAAGGAUCCACAGUGUUUAUGAAUGGAACUUAUACUCUCCCAGAAGGUCUUACAGUGAUGGAGUCUUUUUGGGUUAUACAUCCAACUUCAGGGGUGGAGUCGACUGAUCUGAGUAAAGACCCAGAUUAUUCAGGGAGAGUUGAGUAUUUAACUGAUGAACAGAAACACUUCUCCCUCAAACUGAUUGACGUAAUGAAGAAGGAUGAAAAUCAAUACUGCUUCAGAAUCAAAACCAGUGUAGAAAAAGAAAAAUGGCUGGGUUAUCCUGGAAUUAUGCUCAGUGUCACUGAGCUCCAUGUGGAAACUCCUGAAGAAGUGACAGAGGGAGAAACAGCAGAUCUGACCUGUAAUACCACCUGCAGUCUGACUGACCCAACAUUCAUCUGGUACAUAAAUGGACGUUCUUUAACCUCAAAGACCAUGAAGAACAACCAGCUCCACUUGCAGACAGUCAGCAGUGAGGAUGCAGGCAGUUAUAGCUGUGCUGUAAGAGGAUAUCAACAUCUCAACUCUACUGCUCACAACCUCAGAGUCAGAUAUUCUCCAAAGAAUGUCUCAGUGUCCAUCAGUCCCUCUGGUGAAAUAGUGAAGGGCAGUUCAGUGAAUCUGACCUGCAGCAGUGAUGCAAACCCACCUGUGAAGAACUAUGCCUGGUUUAAAGAAGGUGGAACCUCACCUGUAGGAUCUGGACAGAGUUACCGUCCUCUACAGAGUGGAUCUUACUACUGCAAGGCUCAGAAUGAAGUUGGAGCUCAGAAUGCAACAGCUGUGUCAGUGAUAGUACAAGAGAUUUGGGCCAGAUCUGCCACCAGUGAUGCAGCAAUGAACAGAUCAGCCUCUCAGGAAGUUAUUUAUGCCAAUGCUUCACCCAGUCGACCUGAAGAAAACAGCAAAGCUGAGAGUUCUCCAGUAAAAACAUCUGUCUGUACAGCUGCUAUGGAGGUGGAGGUAAAAGAAGAGUCUCAGGAAGAUGAUGUUCAGUAUUGCAGUGUCCAAUUUCAUCAAUCUUCUCCACCUAACAGAUUUAAUAGUGAAACAGUAGACAACCCUUCAGCGAUCUACAGCAGUGUAAAAAGAAAAGCUUGA